AAAAAAAAAAACAAGAAGAAGAAGAAGAAGGAAGAGGAAGCGAUGGGCGUCGUGAGGAAGGAAGACAGAUAUUUCUGUGUUUUUAUCGACGGUGAACUGAAGCUUGGUUGGACUUAGAAGGCCGUGUCCUGUUCCUGCUGCUGCGGUCAGAGCUGGUUCCUCUCUGCAGCUGUCGCCGCGGGGUUAGCUCGCUGCUAACGGGGGCAGACCGGAAGAAGUGUUUUCCUGGCCGUGGUUGACAGCGCAGCGGGAUGUGGAGGAGAACCCGGCAGGCCUGCUGGCUUCUGCUGUCGGUCUGCUUCCUCAGGGACCUGGUCUCUGCCUGGUUCCAGCAGGACAGCGGGAGACCGCAGACACAGCAGGAGGAGCGGAGCGGCUCCUGGUCCAGCCCGGAGCAGAGCUGCCUCUGCCAUCUCACAGGGGUUCUAGACGACUGCUUCUGCGACGUGGAAAGCAUCGACGUUUUCAACAACUUCAAGAUUUAUCCUCGCAUCACAAAGCUAGCUGAGAGAGACUACUUCAGAUACUACAGGGUGAACCUGAAGCGUCACUGUCCUUUCUGGCCUGAUGAUGAACACUGCUCCAUCAAAGACUGCCAUGUGGAGCCCUGCCCCGAGAGUAAAGUCCCUAUUGGCAUCAAGUCUGGAAACUAUAACAAGUACUCCCAGGCAGCCAACACCAUGCCGGACGAGGCUGAGUGUGAGCAGGCCAGCAAGCUGGGCGCCAUCAACAGCACCCUGAGUAACCAGAGCAAAGAGGCGUUUGCUGACUGGGCGAGGCACGAUGACGCCCAGGAUUACUUCUGUGAGCUAGACGAUGAAACCUCUCCAGAUGCCGAGUAUGUAGAUCUGCUGCUGAAUCCAGAGCGCUACACUGGCUAUAAGGGCGCCUCUGCAUGGAGAGUGUGGAACAGCAUCUACGAGGAAAACUGCUUCAAGCCCAGAUCAGUGUACCGACCUCUGAACCCUCUGGCUCCCAGUAAAGGGGAUGAUGAUGGGGAAGGCUUCUACAAAUGGCUAGAAGGUCUGUGCUUGGAGAAAAGAGUCUUCUACCGACUCAUCUCAGGCCUCCACAGCAGCAUCAACAUCCACCUGUGUGCAGAGUUCUUGCUGGACGAGGGCUGGGGCCGAACAACAUGGGGGCCCAACAUUCAGGAGUUCCGCCGCCGCUUCGACACGGCUGAAACGAAGGGUGAGGGCACCCGGCGGCUGAAGAACCUCUACUUCCUGUACCUCAUAGAGCUGCGCGCUCUCUACAAGGUGGCGCCGUACUUUGAACGAGCUGUGGUGAACCUGUACACUGGAAACGCUCAGGAGGACGGAGCCACCAAGGAGCUGCUGCUGCAGGUUUUCAAUGAGAUCAAAGCUUUCCCAAUGCACUUCGAUGAAAAGUCUAUGUUUGCUGGAAACAAAAUGGAGGCCAAGACAUUAAAGGAGGAAUUCCGGCUCCAUUUUAAAAACAUCUCGCGGAUCAUGGACUGUGUGGGCUGCAGUAAGUGUCGGCUGUGGGGGAAGCUGCAGACCCAGGGUCUAGGCACGGCGCUGAAGAUCCUCUUCUCUGAGAAGGAGAUCCAGAACCUGCCAGAACACAGCCCUUCCAAGGGCUUCCAGCUCAGCCGGCAGGAAAUAGUUGCCUUAAUGAACGCCUUCGGCAGGUUGUCCACCAGCAUUUAUCAGCUGCAUAACUUCCGCCUGAUGUUGAAGGAGAGGAGUUAACAGGAGCUCCGCUCCAGACCGUCACCUCCCCACAAUUUUUCCUUUAAUCCUCCUUAAUCUGCACUUUUCACAGCUGUCCUGCUUUUUCCAGCUCUUUCCCCAUUUUCUCUCCUUUUCCUGAACUUUGCCCCUUACUGGGGCAACAUGUAGAAUCCAACUGAAGGCCCAGGAACCAGGCAGACGGCUCCCCACAUCAUGGCUGACUUUCUCCUCACAGGAAUCAGGAAGCUGGAGAACUCUGCCAUCAUGUGGAGAUCAGAAGGAGGUCUGCGGACCACGGAAAGGUUCUGAUCUGAUUGGACCUGGAACCUCAGGAAACAUCCUGCUGCCUCAGUUAUUCAGCUCACAUCCAACUCUGAAGGAUCUCUGUGAUAUCCCAUAAUAAUGUUACAGCCGGGCUGUUGCUUUUCCCACUACAGACUUUGACUUUAGAUACUUUUUGAACUUUUUAUCUGGAGCUAAUAAAGCCAGAGCAGGACAGAAGAGACAUAGGAGCAGAACCAGGACCCGUUUCCUCAGAAGGACCAAUGGAGCAGACGGGACGCUUCCAUCGUUUAAUGCUGACUAUUUUAGAAUCUGCUAAUGUUGCUAGGGAGGACAGAGCACCAUCCCAUAGAAGCACUUUGAAUGCUCCUCUAUGGUGAAAGCAACUUCAAACAAGCAAACCACAUAAGGUGAUGAGUGUUAGGUCAAAGUUUAACAGGAAACCAGCAGCUUUCAGGAAAAAAGAAAUGCUUUCAAAGCUCAUCUCUCGGUGGAAGGGAAAGGAAGGAUUUCUCCCUUUCUGUCUUCCAGUAGGAUUAAGGUCAAAAUGGAAACCUGUGAAACUGUCGUGCCUGAAACCUUUUGUGUAAUAAAAGAAUCCUCAAACA